AUGGACAGCGUAGAGGGGAACCUACACUCCGCCUGGAGCGGGGAUAGUAAUAGCCACACUGGAAGUUUCAAUAGCAAGCAGAGUCUUUACACAAACCACCUCCUCAACCAUACACCCAGUGGAGGAUCCCCCCAAAGGCGUCCACGGGAACAGCCACAGAAUGCACACACGCACAGCCAACGACGCGUGCUCAAAUGUGUGUUGAGAACAGCAAGUGAAAGAAAUUCCACUGGUGCCUCUACUCACAACGAGAAGGAUGCACACACGUCGGAAGCUUAUCCGAUCGAAGAACAAGCCACAAAUUGCACACCAAAUGGGAUAAAAGACAAGGACCGCACCGAUCGCACCAAUUGGCAGAAGCAUAAUAAACGAGCAAAAAAAACAAUCGAUGUGGCAACCCACUCCGCGGAACCAAAACAAGUACAAGGCUACGUCAUUAAUGACAAAGAUCAUGCGUCACGGUGCGCCGAGGAAAUGGGGAAGCGGCAGGACAACAACAAGAAGAAGAAGAGAAGACGAAAGUCACCACCCCCUGCAUCUGCAGUAGAUGCACAUAGGGACAAACCCGCGGAAGGCAUGCAUGUUUCGUGUCCAAUCAACAGGGGUGGUGAGCAAGAUGAUGAGGACAGUGAAGAAUGUGAUAACACCGACGCUGAAGGAGAUAACAACGAACAUGGUACACGCCACCUCGACCACUGUCCCCGCCCCCAUCAAGUACACUCCAGCGAAGAAAGCAGAAGGAAACUCAGCAUUUACAAAAAAAAAGUGAACCAAGUGAAUAAAAUUCUGUAUAACCUAAACUUUUUCAACAAGUUUAGCAGUCUUGAGUUCAGGAAAGGGAUAUCACAAAAUAAGCAGCAAAAAGAGACGGAGAUAGUAGAACCCACGUUCACUUCCGUCACCCCUUGCUCGAAGUGUGCACAUAAGGAAAGCCCCACUUCGCUCGUCACAUACACGCUACACCCAAAACAGCGCUGUUUGAACAAUGAAGAAAAUGAAAGCCGCAAAGACAAUCGACCAAGUGCGAUGUAUCAGGCAGUUCAUAUCUCUCAUAAGGGAACAGACACGAUUGCGUUAGGUAGAACCCGUCCCACACUUCACGCAGCGUACCACCCCUAUGAUGAGCAAAGUGGACAGGACUCGGAAUACCUCAAUCAGGUCAGCAUCAACAGUAAUUAUGACGGCAGUGCCACCCCGAACGAAGCACAUUCCAGGGUGCACUCCCAGAUAGCUACAAUAAAGCAAAAGAAGUUAGAGCAAAAAAUGCAUCUAAAAUUACCGAUUCUACAUGACAUAAAAGAUUUCCUGAAGAAGAAGAAAAAGAGGAAGAAAAAAAAAAAAAAAAAAAAAAAGGAAAGUGGAGGCAGCCAGGUGGAUAGCGAAACGGCUAACGAGGGGGCAGACGGACUGCAAGUAAACCUGUCAACCAGCCACCGCAUGCAGAUUAACCAGGAGGAAGAAUCCCAAAAUAACGGUAGUAAAUACAAUACUACCUUAACGAACGGGGGAAGGAUGCAAAGUCGAAGCGCACGACACAUCGAACACCUCCAACAGUUACUAACUCCUCAGAGUACCUUCCCAGAACAUGUCAAAAAGGGAAGCGACUAUGAGAUGGACACAAAGACAACCCCCGUUCCAAGUGGAAAUGGUGAAGCUGAAACAGCAACUCUACUACCCCUACCCUCAAUAAACACAACCUCUAGUAACAGUAAAAAGUGCUCUCACAAAAACAACCCAGCGCGAAAAAAGGAAUACGUCUCAGUGGAUUCAAAGGAUGACAUUUCGUUAUUCACUCCAGAAACAAGUGUGAUUAGUCAAACACUUGGAGAGAGUCACAAGACAAAUAAACGCAAACCAGAAGGGGAAGAAAAUCAUUUCCAUUGCAAUAAAUGCCAAGAGGUAGGAAAUAUAGAUCAUCCAUCAGAACCCAUUUCAACUGCUUUCAAUAGAGCUAGCCAAAAAAAAUCGAAUCAAAAUGGAACAGUUUUUGAAACCACGAAUGAUGAUUCGUUAGACACAGCCCAACUCAGCACUUUGGCUCCUUCAAACAUCGACGUAGGAAUGAACGAAGGCAUGGAAGGCGAACAGAAAAAUGUGAACAGAAGGGGGAAUAACGAAAAAAGCAAAAAGAGCAAAAGUUCCAUCCCCUCGAAUGGGAAACUCAACACCACAAAUGAAAUCGUCACUAAAGGUGAAAUCCUGAGUAACGUUGAGUGUAAUCAAACUGAAUCAUCCCAACUGAGCCGAGAUGAAAAAAAACAGUCUGAUAGUUUUGCGAACACGGGAGAUGAUCACACAAGGGAACCCACAUCGAACGCUAAGGAUAUCCCCAAUGAUUGUUCCAUAUCACCCACGUGGAAUAUAAAUAUAUCCGAAGAAAUUGCGAAUAUCAGAAUGGAAAAUGGAACGGAAAAUAUAAUAGAGAAACUAUCACCACUUAGUUGUGACGAUUUGCUCAACAUAGAGAACAUAACCAAUGCAAGUGGGACACAACACAAAAAAAAAAAGAAAAGAAAAAAAAAAAAAAAAAAAAAUUAUACUGAACAGGUGGACACAAACGAGGAGCUUAAAUCCACAAGUCAGAUCGUCAACUCAAAAGAACAAAAGGAAAUAGGUCAGUCUGCCGAGGAGGACACACCUUACCUUCGUAAUAAGGAGUCAUCUCCCAUGGGGCGUAGACUCCCACAGGUUGAAUAUCACUUGGGCGAAAAAUGUAACCCCACAAAGGGAUCUACAAAAGGCUCACAAAAAUCUGUUAUGCGGAAAGGCAGCAACGGGGAAGAGAAAGGGGAAAUGGAUUCCGCUUCAACUCCAGAGGCAAGGACUUCUAACGCGAGGGUCGAGAAGGUAGACGGAUGCGACGUUGGAAGUACUCCAUUUGGUAGCAGCCAACUGGGUAUCAACCAAGCGGGUAGCAGCCGUUCGCGUGCCCCCCAACUGGCCCCAAGAAAAGGGACACACAAGGAGAAGCAGCGGAAGAAAUAUCACGCACAGUCUCACCAGAUUGACGUGGACGACCCAUGCGCCAUGAACCCCAUCAUCUACACACUAAUUAGCACGUAUGCGAACAGGACCAUGAACCCACUUCCCACAAACCAUGGGUUCUGCACCCCCCCAAACUUAUCAAAUGUGGAUCAUACAAAACAUUACAGAUACACCAGCGAAGAUAAUUUUAAUUUACAAAAUGUAUUGGAGCAGGAAGACCAGAGUAACGUCUCUGAGGGAAACGAAUCUUUUGUUAAUGUGCCCCCUACUCGUGAUGGCUACUUUGAAGAGAGGGAGAUGCCACGUGAGGGUAGGGAUGUGCACGGACGAGUGGACAGAAUUGUAAAUGGAGGAGACAAUGGAAGCCACCAAAGGGACUGUAUCGAACGGAGCGGCAGCCAACAGAGCGGAAUCCCAAACCGCCAUAACCGCGACACCCAUGACGAGGACUACUCAGUAGAUCUGCUCAGCGACAACGUCAGCAGUUUCGUGUCGAGGGACUACGCCAACUACGUAAACUACAUGAACUAUAUGAACUACGUCAAUCGAAUGAACCCAAUCAGACACGCUAAUCGACUAGCCCGCAUCCACAGGACGCUGCCCCAACGAACACGCAGAAAGGGAUUCCCACCGAAACACCUAAAAUUGAACUACCCCACUGGUGCCACCACCUUCUACAUGGAAGACUUAUGGAGAAGCGAAAAUGAACGUGGCCCAUGUAGCAGGGAACCGUAUUUUAACCAUUUUAAACAUGGAUUCGCGAAUUAUAUGAUCGGCGCGAGGGACUUGGGUGGAAUGAACAGAAUGAGAGGAAUCAACAGCGUGAGCGGGCUCAGCGGUGCUCACAACUUUGGAAACCCGAACCGAGUGGGCCGCAUGAACAACUUGAUAAACGGACAAGAAAACUUCUUCCCAGGCAGACAGAACGAAGCACGUAGAAAUAAAGCGCGUCGCCUACUUCAGCAGCCUUGUGGACUCCCUCAACAACAGUAUAGACCCCCAAUAUAUGGCAGGCAAUACAGAGUGAAGACCUUUCCCAAUGGUGGAACCGAUUUGAAUAAUUACACUGAAGUGGGUAGCAGUGUCAUGGGAGUGAACAAUGAGGAUGUGGCCUCUGUAGAAGCAUCCCUUGUUGCCGCAACAGAUGAAGUAGGGGGAAGGUAUGCCCCCAGUGUGUGUGAAAACCCAAGGAGUAUAACCAGCAGUGUUUCUCAUCGUCAGGACAUCGAUUACAACAUUUGUACUUCCGUCCAAACGGACCACAAACCACGUAAUAAAAUUGGACCCCCUCACAAUAAGUACCAUUAUGUUCACACAAAGGGAGGUCAGAGUGAAGAAGCCAAAGGGACACAUGGCCCAGUGAAACAUGACCCAUUCCUAUGUAGAGAAGUAAGUUACUUAGGAGAUUGUUACAACAGAGGAAUGAACACCCCUUGGGAUGAUGUCCCUUACAAUCAUCACUUGGUUGUUCCUGUUAACAAAAUGGGUCUCCCCCCGAUUGGAACCUUCGACAGAGGUGCGCAGCAUAGUAACAACUGGAGCAGUAACCUCAACCCGGGACACGUAAACGUAGAAAAUAACUUCCCCGUAGGAGGUAACUACCCUCCAGGCAACAGGCACGUGGUGCUGAACGCCCAAGAAACGAACCCUAACCCUCUGCACCCAGAUACAACACUUUUCCACCAAACAGUCCAACGGAACAGAGAAAAAAUGAACUAUGUCCCAAACCACAAAUGGGACAUGCACAACAAAUUACGCAUAAGAAAAAAAAAAAAAAAAAAAUAUUUCAACGAUGAGCAAUACACACAACACAGUAUGUACAGUGCAGACAGAAGUAUUUUUUUUUCAAACGAUAGUAACAAAUUUAAUGCCAUGUGUCCUCUUGAGUAUAAUAACCCUCUUGUGAACACCUUUGCUGGGUCCUAUGGCAAACCUUCAAGUGGCUUUUACCACCUCCCCUAUAGCGGCAUCAUCCCCCCGCUCGGCAUCCCGCUACGAGAUUUGCACUCUGUUACUAGCUCGCCCCAUUUUCCAAAUCUGACCAACGAGGGGAACUUCACCAAUGGAGAUUACUUCGGUGAGAAUUAUGGACCCACUCCAAAUAGGACUUAUCAACAAGGAGGCAAUUCUCUUGGAAGCUACUCCUAUAAAGAAAUUCUUCCACUGGACCAGCAGCACAUCUCACACAGAGACAACCCCUCGCAAUGCCCAGGUGAAACAGACAAAACCAAUAGGAUGGAUAAGAGGAAGAACAACCCCCCGAAGGAAAGAAAAAAAAAUCUUUGCUCUCUGCCCAAUGGAAACAGAGUAGAACAAGAUGGGAUCCCCGAGCGACAAUGUCCAAGUGCUGAACAAAUGGAAAACGAAACUAAAAGGGAUGCGAUAUAUUAUACGAAUGACCAAUUGGUAGAUGAAAAUGAGUGGAAAAAAUUCCCAACUGAUGAUGAAUCCAGAGUGCUCUCUACCCAACAGGACCUACCGAAUGCUUACGAAGGCAUGGACAAUGGGGGACCCGCACGAAUACGACUCCAUAAAGAGAAGAAGAAACAAAAGUCAGCCUCCUCAAACAUCAAUCAAAAAAAUGAAAAUAAGACAAACAAUUAUAACAGAAUGGUUAGGAAAUACAACGAACUUAAAAAAUGUAACCAUGAGAAUGUUUUAGUCGUUGGAAAUGAUGAGGAGGCCUACUCUGUAAACACAUCCACGAUCGGUGAACCCUUAUGCUUGUUCUCUAAUAUAAAACCAAGGAGCGUGAAGCAGCCUGCCAAGGGGGGGGAAGGUACUCCCAUGCACGGGAUAGAAAAUCAGGAGGCAGACCCCCAUGAGUGUCCUAAUAAUUACGUAGAGGAAUCCUAUGGGUACGCGCCGCAAAACGGGCAGCACUUGAAUGAUAAGAGGAGGAAGAAGAAGAAAAAAAAAAAAAAAAAAAAAAAAGAGGAAGAAAAAUUGGGAAGAGCCCAAAAGGGAAGAAACCGAAACCAAAGUUGCGUCACCCUAAGUCACUACGAUAAGUUCAUCGCGAGCAGCAGUCACCUCCCCCUCCAAAAUGGGAGAAGAAGAAGUCUAUCUCUAAACCUAGAAGACAAGCCAAGGGUACACCUGCUGUCAUUCCUACAUUAUGCAAUUCAGAGAUGCAACGUCGUUAAAGUGGGUCCUCCCCCUACAACAUUACACCGAUGUGACAAGGGAAACAACACAACACGCAAUGCUCUCCAGGCAGAUAUCUCCCUCCUGUUGAGAAAAACAGAAGAACUACUAAUCGAUCUGCUCAAAAAGGUGAAGCCGUCCAAGGAUAUCAAACGAACGAAAAGAAAAAUCUUUUCUCUUCUGUCCAAGCUAAUAAAGCACUUGUUCACCUGUGACAUUAAAAUAUAUACAGUGGGUUCUAGUGCCUACGGGGUGGACUCCAAGACAAGCGACCUGGACAUCGUCAUUCAGGCCAAUCUCUACAACCCCAAGUAUAUCCUGCGUAACAUUUACAACUACAUCGUUCAGAUGAAGAGAAAGCGCAAGACCGAAGCGGAGGGGAAGGACAACGACGCGGAGUGGAAGGAUAAAUACUCGACUGACUCAAGAAGCAAAGUGAUAUCAGAUGAAUGCCAUUUGAGCAUACAUGACAAACGGAACAACAGAGAUGCCACACCCCUAGACCCAUCCGAAUGUGCUUUCUUUGACGACGUACAACUACAGCUAGUGGACUCUGCUAGAGUUCCUAUCCUAACCCUGAGAAAAAAUCACAUCGUGUGUGAUGUUUCUGUUAAUACAAACAACUCUUUGAAGCACACUGAAUUUUUUUCAAGCAUUUUAAAAAGUUUUCCCAAUUUAAAAAAUGUAAUGAGGAUUCUGAAGCUAGUUCUAAAAGUUAGGACCUUACCAUCGAUGAAACAGGGAGGACUCCCCACCAUCCUCUGGAUGAUGCUGUCAGUCUGUUAUUGCAAACUCCCCAUGGAGAGUAGUUCAUUUUGUGAAUCUGUUGAAAAAUACCCAUUUAAGAAAUAUGAUCAGGGGAAAGGCAAAGAAGUGGGAACGUCCAGAGGGACAAGUGCAGUCAGCACCAUUAGCACCAUCAGCGAUGAUGCAGGUGCUGUACUCCCCUGUACUGCUCACCUGUCGAGAGAUCGCUCGAAGGGUAGACACACGGACCAACUCAAAGGAAGAGACCCAUCACAUGAGCCUGUCUGUUCUUUCAAGGAAAAAAAAGAAACACUCCUAAACGGUGGUUAUUACCAUGAGGGGAAGCCAAACGGUAUGAUGGAGAAUGAAUCCAUCGAUAGGAGUCCCGGAAGAGACAAGGAAGACAUGAACAUAUCACCAUUUAAAAAACGAGGAAACACAGGUAUUAGGGAUGUAGGAACAUCACCCCAUGGAAGCCCUACAAUUGAUGGCGGGGCUAAAACUAUGGGGAACUCAACCUUCAGAGAAGAAUUAAAAAAAAAAGGAAAUCAAUUGGGUGCUCCAAAGAAGGAAGACACCAAAAAAACAAACACAUAUAUCAGUGUAGAAAAAAAAACUGCUGGAGGAUUACCAGCCGACGUACAAGUUCAGAAGGGAUUGAACGAUGUGACCAUUUCACCUGGUUGGUUCUCUCAAACGGGUGAAACAGGUGGCAGCUCAAUUAGACAUACCGGGGAAAAAUAUCGCAAGGGGGAAAAUGAGCCCCAUUCGAACAACCCAAAUAAAUCACAAGAUUACAACCGUAGCAGCAGUGAGGGGCACCUGCACAAAAGAGGACUCUCUCUCCACGCAAUUCACAACCAACCCCAGGGUACCAUAAAGGAUUGUGACAAAGAGGAUGCCGUCCUCAGUGGUGAACUCAAAUGCAAAGUGGAACAAAUGCAAAUCACCACGUCUAAUUCGUCUCCGUCACUCUGCAACAGCGUGGUCAACCCAUGUUUGUCAGGAAUGUCACCAAUGCCAAAUGGGCCGAUGAACAGUAUCCCUUGUGACGAACCCACGGAGGAGAGGGAUGAGAAAGGGGAGGAAAAAAAGACCAAAAAAGAGGCCGAAGAAGAGGACCAAACAGGACAGACAUGCCAAACGGCCGGCCAUUUUUCUAGCACAUCGUGCCACUUAGUGGAGAAAAUAUUCUCUCAAAAUGAGUACGAAGAAUCGAGUGUCAACUCGUGCUGCCAUCAUUACACAAAAUCGUGUAAACAAUUUUGGGGGAGCGAUGAUGAAGAGGAACUCGAGCCCGUGUCUACAUGUUCAAUGCACUGCUGGGAGCGGCUCUCCCACUGCGGUUGCCCCAACUGCUUCGACAACUCCCUUACACAAUCAACAAGGGGUAAAAACCCCCACACACAACAGCAGAAGAGGAAAAGAAAUAUCUUAAAGAUAAUGCACCGUAAUGGGAAAAUCCUGUCCCAAUUCGAGCCCCCCAUAGGAGUUGCACCAACGAUGGAAGGAACAAAUGAAGUAUCUGCAAUGUGUUUGAUGAAUUCGCAAAGUGGAGGAAGAAAGGACCUCGAGAAAGAAACCAUUGGAAGGAGAGACCAACAUAUGGACAGCUACGACGCAGUCAGCGAGAGCCAUCUAAAAGCUCUCGCCCCCCUCUUUUACUCCCUCAUGAUUUUGUUCAAUGAACUCAACUCCAGAAAGAAGCUGACCAAAACGAUAAACAUCAUUGAUGAGGAAAAAUCUCACCUCAAAAAUGCAGAUGAAAUAAACAAAAGAUUGUUGUCGUCUGUUUGCCACGGGGGGGUUUGGGACGAGCUACUUACUCUCUACGACCCCAUUUAUAGCUUUAAUUACGAAAGAUACAUCAGCCGAGCAAAUGGCAAACCCAAAGAGAAAAAACAAACUAGUCCUCCCAACAGCACAACAGGGAGCCAUAUGUAUAGAGAGAACUUUGGGACCGACCCCCACACGCGGAACGACAUUACAUAUUCAACGUGGUCCAAAAAAAAAACAAAAAGUUUAACCCCUGAUGAGUGUCGUAAAAGCGGACGCUCCCCUGCAAUCAGUCUUUGCAGUGCCAGGGAAGUACAGAACAUACCCUGGAAGGAUCAAGGAAAAGAGGAAAUCAAUAUCAAACACCACAUGGAAGAAAAUAAUAAAAUCAUAAAUGAAUCAUUUUUUUCAAGGCUCGGGGAUGUAACGUUGUUUCAUAAAAUGCACGUAACGAAACAUUCAGGUAAACAUAAGAGUGUAGCGAAUGGAGUUGUUCAUUCUGUUAGUGUAGAUCGCGUCAACUGUGGUAGUAGUAGUAACCCAUAUUUGGAAGAACAUCCCCCCUCGAACAAAGUAAAAGAUCCUUUCGUUGGCGAUACUGUGAAGACGUGUGGUGACACCCCCCCAGAUAAGGAAAUUAAAAUCGGCCAAAGGAUUACCAGCGGGUGCUCCAUCUCAACCAAUAGCAGUAGCAGUGGGAGUGGCACCGACAACGCGAAAGAUAUGCACUCGAGCAACUUCGAAAAAUCGCAUACCCGUGAGAGUGAUUUUUUAAGUAGUGAGAAGGGCAUCCUUGCUGCUGAUGGAAGAGACAAACAUGGGAUAAAUACAGACCUACAAAAUGAAGUUUAUUUAACAGAAGAAGAUGAUAAGACCAACCCGUUCCGUCCACACAACACACCCCAGUUAGACCCCCAUUGCAGCAUCGCAGGUGGUGUGCCCCCCACAAAAAACUCAAAGGGGAAUGUUAAACACCCUAGUAAGCUUUUCUCACCUCAUGGAAUUUGUAACACAGAAAUGGUAAAAACAGUUGAGGGGGAUAUAUGCAACGGGAUUAAGGGACCUUCUCAGGGAACACUGCGCAAAGUAGAUCGCCCCUCCAUUAGCGAGAAUCCCCCAACGAGAAGACGAGAGCCUUACAUAUAUGACGAGGAUGUGAAGACAACCACCAUGAAUAUAAUUCAUCCUAAUGCAGGACGAGCUUCUCAUUUCUCUGCUAACUCUUCGAACAUUGCUUGGGGGAGUUUCCCCCAUUUCGGUAUGCGUAACCCCCCUGUAACCACGUCCGGAAGUUACUUCAACGAGAUACUUCUGACCAACUCCUUCUCCCCCUGCGACAUGAGAUUGCAUGGGAGCAUAGAUCGAAAUUUUAGGAUUCAUGAUACGGCUCUCCACAUGUGCUCCAACGAAAUGAACACCUACAUGACACAAAACAGAGGUAACACGAUAUCGCAUGAGCAAAAUAGAAUCCGCUUCCAGUACAACCAAUACAAAUACCUCACACAUAAAGCAUUGGUGAGAAAGGACAAAAAUAAUAGAGCUGGUAAUCGCGUCGAAGAAGGGCGAACAACCACACGGAAUGUAAUCCAAGCCAAGAAAAACAUGCAGACAUUCGAAAAGAAGUACGAACAGAAUAUCGACUUAGCAGGAAAGGUUAGCAGCGCCACGUGGUUAAUAUAUCUGUAUGAGCUGAAAAGGGCUAGCUUUUUUAUUAACUAUUAUUUGCACAAUUUGCAUCUGUUCAUUUGUUUUAAAAAGCACUUCAAUGGGGGGGCAGAAAAAAAAUCAAAUGGGCCACAGGCAAUCCCUAAUGAGGACAGCGAAGGAAUCCAUAUCAUCAAGCCCCCCUGCGACUCACGAACCAGGAUCACCAAAAACUACGAAAUAUUCCAAAAGAAGCAGUGGCUCACCGUCAAGAUAAACUCAAGGGAUCAGCUGACAGAUGUAGACAAACCGAUUCUACAAAAGGGGAAGGUCCUCUUUCCAAAAGCAACCUUUCCUCUUUUCAGACAGACGGAGCAGCCAAUCGUCAUCCACAAAGUUGACCAGUUGUAUCCGUUUAAGAGGGAGUCACCUCAAGGAGAAAAAAACUUCCACAGCGAUGAGAAGAUGCAGACCAAGGAAAACACAACCCUAAGCGAAAGGGUAGAGAAGACGAACAACCUGGAUCCCACGCGGCAAUUAAUUUUAAAGUGCAUUCUGCAAAAUCUAAAAUGUUGCAUCCAUGCACUAUUCGAACGGACAAAAGGAGAAAUAUAUGUCCUUCCCUUCCAUCCUCAGUUGGGAAGUUCUCGCGUGCGAAGAAGCAGUGCAGAGGAGAUACCUUCCAAGGGCAACCAUCGUAAUGAUGCAGAAAGGGAAAAACCAGGAGGAGUAUUUGCAACCCCAAAAGGAGCAAGCACCGAAGAUUGUUGCAGCAUUAACACACUUCCAACGGAUGGCGAAACGCAUAGACGAAAAAGCACAAACGAAAAAAAUAAGCACCUUAAGGAACAAAGUAUGGAAGACCCCACUGAUGCAGAAAAUCAAUUUGCACUUGUCCUGAUAGAAGGAAAACUAGUGUUUGUUAAAUUUGUAAAAAUCUGCAUCGAUCGAAAUAAAUUUUGGGAUGAAAACUUUCUCUGCAGGAGAGACAUCAGGACAGUCAUGCAUGUCAAAGCUAUGGAUGUCCUGUUCAUUUCAAAUAAGGCAAUUAAAAUGGACAAGAAGAAAAAAAAAAAAAACCAAGAUGGUACACAAGUUCACCCCAACAGUGACACAGACACAAAUGGAAAUCUCGCAAAACAAAUUGUUACAUCCAGCGAUACGUCUGACUUUGACCAGGUGCUGCUAGAUGAUAACUCCUUGGACGAGGAUGAACGUUUAUCCAAGGGGUACUCUAUGUUAAGUGACUUCCCCGAUGCUGCAAGUGAGAAUGUGCAAAAGGAUGCUGCUGCGCCGGGGGGUAGUAUCAAAGGAGAAAAACCCGCUGCGAACAAAACCAAACAAAAAGCGAAUCAUGUGUGCGACGGGAAGAACCACCACUUUGUGGACAAGUCGAAGAGGACGACCAUGAAAUGCUGGGAUUACAAAAAACAGAUACAGAAAGCAAAGUGCAGUAAUUUUAUUUACAACUCGAGAAAUGACUACCUUGGCCUUCUGGUGGAACAGAACGGUGGUGGCAGGGACCAAAUGAUCCGGGUACGCACAGGUCAGCCAGGUCAAACAGAUGAACCUAGCGAGUUGCCCAAACAGGAAGAAGUGCUAAAACGAGAUGACAUAUUCCUCAUCAACCCAUGCAACUUUGUAACGCGCGUGAACGUAAAAACAGUGUACCUACCCCGCAGGAGCCUCAAGGACGAAUUGACCGACACGAUUUGCGAAAGGGCUGACCUGAAGGAGAGUCAAAUGAGGAAGAUUUUCAUGCUGCGCAAAAAGGGACAACCCCUGUCGGGAAGCACAGUACCGUGUGAGGGAGCGCAACAAAGGGAUUACCAAACAGACGGACAGAAGGAAAAACCAGCCCAGGAUGACGACAUAUGCUGCGUACGAAUCAUCCCAAGAAGUGAAAUAAUGAGAUACAAAGAGCUAAUCCGAAUUACCAGGAAUAGUCCGUUUUAUUACAAGAAGGCGAAGCACAUUUCGAACAAUGCCAACCCCCCCCUUCAGCAACCUGUGAGUGUGUGUAACUUUUGUCACACCAAGGGAACCUUUAAUGUGAAAACGAACCACUUUACGCUUUCCCAUAUGAACACCGAUGUUGCAGAGAGUAUCACCAAGCUUCUCCGUCAGUUGAUACAUGGGAAGUGUGUCUCACCGCAGCGGGAGAAGUAG